AUGGUCAAGAGAUCUUUGCUUUGGACAGCACUUGCUACCACCUUCGCCGCUCUUACUCAAAGCGUCCUCGCCGACAAUGUCAUUGAGCUCAAUCAGGACAACUUUGAAGAUAAGGUUAUGGAUCAGGAUCUGAUGCUCGUCGAGUUUUAUGCUCCAUGGUGUGGCCAUUGCAAGGCUCUUGCCCCUGAAUACGAGAAGGCAGCUACUGAACUUAAGGAUUCUAUCGACCUCGGCAAGGUGGAUUGUACCGCCAACACUGAAUUGUGCAACUCGUAUGAAGUGCGUGGUUAUCCCACUCUCAAGGUCUUUAGAAAGGGCAACACUUCUGAAUAUAAGGGUCCACGUCAAGCACCUGGUAUUGUCAGCUAUAUGAAAAAGCAAGCUGCACCUGCUGUGAGCGAUUUGAAUGCUGAUAACUUUGAUGAUUUCAAAAAGUCUGACAAGGCCGUUAUUGUGGGUUACGUGUCAUCGUCGGAUGAGACCAACCAAGCAGCUCUCAAGGCAUUGGCUGAGGAGAUGCGUGAUGAUUUCUUUUUCGGUGUUGUGACGGAUGAUGCCCUUGCCAAGAAGCACAAUGUGGAUUCGGUGCCUGCUCUUGUUGUCUACAAGCAAUUUGAUGAGGAUGUGGAUGGUGGUCGUAACGAAUGGACCAAGGAUUUGUCGGACAAGAAGGCUGUUGCUGACUUUAUCAAGACCAGCACCGUUCCUCUUUUGGGCCAAGUCGACGCGUCCAACUUUGGUUCCUAUGCUGAAUCCGGUUUGCCCCUUGCUUAUAUCUUUGCCGAGUCUGAGGAACAAGCAGAGCCUUUGGUGACCGCUCUUAAGCCUGUGGCCCAAAAGUACAAGGGCAAAGUCAACUUUGUUCAUAUUGAUGCCUCCAAGUAUGGUGCUCAUGCUGGCAACGUGGGUCUCAAGGAACAAUGGCCCGCCUUUGGUAUCCAACAUCUCGACACUGGUGCAAAGUAUCCCUUUGAUCAAACCAAGGAUAUCACCACUUCCAACAUUGAUGCUUUCCUUGCCGACUAUGACGCUGGCAAGAUCGCCCCCACCUUAAAGUCGGCUGAUGCUCCUGAAGACAACAACGGUCCUGUCAAGGUGGUCGUUGCUAACGAAUUCAAUGACAUUGUUCUUGACAAGUCCAAGGAUGCUUUCGUUGAAGUUUAUGCUCCCUGGUGUGGUCACUGCAAGCGUCUCGCCCCUAUUUGGGAAGAGCUCGGUACUGCUGUCAAGGAUCAAGGUCUUCAAGACAAGUUGGUCGUUGCCAAAUUGGAUGGUACUGAAAAUGAUAUCCCACCUGAAGGUGGCUUCAGCGUUCAAGGUUUCCCUACCUUAAAGUUCUUCAAGGCCAAGACCAAUGAGAUGGUUGAUUAUGAAGGUAGCCGUACUUUGGAGGAUCUUGUCAAGUUUGUGAAUGAACACAGUGCCAACGGUGUCAAGCUCACUGUGGAUGGUGAGGAAACUGAGGAUGCUUCCACUGGUCACGAUGAAUUGUAA